AUGGACAUGCGACUUGCGGACUUCCCCUUGAGGGGCAGCAGGAGCUCGUUCCAGCAGCCUGGGCCAGCAGCCCGGGUGGUGACCCUCACGUUGGGGUACGGGUGGAAGAGGAAGAGUCUUCGAGGGGAGGAGGAGAAGAGGAAGCAAGCGCUGCUGUGCAAUGAUGACAGAGAGAUCGAUCGGCCCCGUGGGCUGACGCCGCGGGCAAGAGGGAUGAGGAGGAGGAAGAAGGAGCGACCUGCUCGGGAAGCCCUGUCGUCUGUCAGCCCUGUGAUGAGCGAGGAGAGAGGCGAUCGCAGGUCACAGAGUGUGCUUGCCGUCCGUAGCAGGACGCCGGAGGAGUGGAAGGAGCUGGUGCAGGAGGAGGUUCACUUCUCGCCCUCGCUCGCCCUUAUUUACCUUCUCCUCAGGAAAGUCAAGUCAGACCCGCAGGGUCCCCCGCAGGAGCUGAAGCAGAAAGAGGAUCGUUACCUGCCGGUGCUGCUCACCAACAAGAUGCCGAGGUCCAUGCUGCCGCAGGAGGCCGGGAAGCAGGUGGAGACGCUGUCGGGGAAGAGCUCGCUCUCUGUCAUCUUUGACUCCCGCAAUGUCCCCGUGCUGUACAAGCUGAGGAGGAAGAGAGGAGAGCAGCAGGAGCUGUCAGCGACCGUCUACCGCAAGGCAAGCGUCGUCGAGGAGAAAGGAUUGCAGGCCUACAGUGCAGGGCUGAGAGGAGGAGGAGGAGGAGGAGGAGGAGGAGAGGGCCUAGCCGCCAUCGCUGAGAAGAGGCGCGCUCUAGAGAUGGAGAGGUCUUCCGUCCUCAACGACCUUGCUCACAGCCCGCAGGACCGUGUCGCCGAGGUCAAGCGGCUCCUUGCAAAGUCUCCCUCCUCGCGCUUCCGCUACGACUGUCUUAAGCUCGCCCUCCUCCUCGACUUCCCGUCCCUCCGUCACCUCUCCUUCCAUCGCCUCGCUGACGUCCUCAGGCUCUCGUCCUGUCAAACAGUCAAGCAGAAGACCAGGAUGCAGCUGACGGGAGUUGGGUUCCUGCUGGAGGGCGAGGUGGUGGAGUUCAUCGUCCCUGCGGCCGUGAAGGAGGAGAGCAUCGAGGACGAGCACGUGCUGCAGCUCGCGAGGCAGAAGCGCGAGACGACGAUGAACCCUCUCUCCCACGUCGUGAGCAAGCUCAUUCGGCAGGAGGGCCUCUCCCUCUCUUCCCACCUCACCUGGACCUCAGCUGUCGACCAGCUGCAGCCCCACCUGGUCCAGGAGGGAUCCCUGCUGGGAGCUCAGCGGCUCAAGAAUCAGGUGCAGGGCAUGAGGCAUCGGCGGGCGGCAGAGGCGAUGAAGGCGGCGAUAGCCACUAGGCACCAGGGAAGCAUGUCGAGACUCUUCAGGUCCAUCGACGUUGACAAUUCUGAGAGUCUGGAUGAGGAGGAGGUGGCGCAGGCGUUCAGCAGGCUGGGGAUGAGCAUGACGAGGGAGGAGGUGAGAAAGGCGGCGAAGAGGGCGAAGAUCGAGAACAAGGGCUCCUUUUCCCUCCAGCAGUUCGAGCUGUUACUCGAGAGCAUGCUGCGCAGCGAGGAGGAGACUUCGCGCAUGCUCGACGUCGAUGCUUUCAGCCUCUUCUGCAUCGUCGUCAGCCCCAGCGCCACCAUCGUCGAGCUUCCUCUCGAUCGCCUUGCUCGGGCUCAGUUGGACGAGGAGGAGGACAAGCUGCAGGCAGCGAUCGUGAGCUUCUUGAAGGAGGAGGGGCCGCUGGCGGGGGAGAGCAGCGCGACCUUCUCCUUGCUCGCUGCCUCGUCCGAGCUGCGGCAUCUCAGGGGGAGGAAGGGGGAGGGCCAGACGCCCUCCUGCGUGAUGAGCUCGCACGAGGUCGUGGGAGGCUUCGCCCUCGUGCAUGACGGAGGCUCUGAGGAGGCGACUGAAACGGCCGUUGCUUCCUCCAGCUGCCUGCACUACCUUCGCAUUCCCGUGGCCUCGUUCGUGAGCAAGUUGUCUAGCACAGCCCUGGGCCGGAUGAAGGAGAUGCUGAGGAAGAGGAAGCAAGUCCGCGAUGAUCUGCUCCGCAACAAACUCGGUUUCUCCUCUCCUCCUCCUUCCCCUCUCCCCGAUUCUCUCAAGCCCUUCCCUGCCUCCGCACCAGACCCUCGUCCUCUCCCUCCCCCCCGGAGCAGGGAGCCGGACAUGGCAGUACGGCCGGCGAACGAGCCGGAGGGCUCAGAGGAGUUGAGCGAGGAGGAGGAGGUGUCUCCCUGCCCAGCGUCAGGGAUGAGGACGAGGAGAGCACGGGACGCCUUGCAGGAGGAGGAGGCGAAGGGGAGGAAGGAGUACGAGACGUUGUUGGAGGCUCUUAGGAAGCAGGAGGAGACGAUGAGGCACGAGGAGGAGUUUGAGAGCGUGUCUCGAUGCUUCCUGGAGCUGUUCAACAGCUUCAAGACGGAGGAAGAGAUUUGCAAGCCGAAGCUGAAGCAAGCUCAGGUCGAGCUGAGAAAGUACCGCGCCAAACGCGCCUUCAACAAGAGCAAGCAGGACGGGUCCUCUCUGGAGGACUUGAGGGGGUUCCACGUGCUCAUGGAGAGGGUGAAGGAGCUGGACAACUCGCUGAACCACCUGGUGCCUGUGGUGAAGCAGAUGAAGGGGAUGGUGAAGCAUCGGGAGGAGAUGGAGAAGAGGAACAUCGCAUACGAGCUCUUCGCCUCUGCCUCCCUCCUCCAGGCAGAGCGAACCAUGCUCGAGUACCUCCAGGCCAACCCUCUCACGGCAGAGGAGGAGGAGGAGGGCGACGAGUUGCUCCUGUCUGUUGUCGCCAUGCUGGGUGAGGGAGGAGUCAGUCGCGCCCCCUCCGAGCACAUGAUG